AUGGGAGUCAUGGCUUACUCUUUACUCUUCUACUUCCUGCUCGCUCAUCUGGGAUUGGGAGCGGUUGGCGCCAGCCUUGACCCCCCGGGACGGCCGGAUUCCCCUCGAGAGAAGACCCUGAGGGGGAAGCAGCAUGACCAACAGCUGGCGCAAGCCUCUGCCCCGGACCCCUCUACUCCCUGGAGCCGCUCCACCGACGGCACCAUCUUGGCACAGAAACUAGCCGAGGAGGUGCCCAUGGACGUGGCCUCUUACCUCUACACCGGGGACUUCCACCAGCUAAAGAGAGCCAACUGUUCCGGGCGCUACGAGUUGGCUGGCCUGCCGGGGAAGUCGCCGACCCUAGCUAGCUCCCAUCCCUCCUUGCACGGGGCGCUGGACACUCUGACACACGCCACCAACUUCCUCAACAUGAUGCUGCAGAGCAAUAAGUCUCGGGAGCAGACCGUACAGGAUGACCUGCAGUGGUACCAGGCUCUGGUGCGGAGUCUCCUGGAUGGUGAGCCCAGCAUCUCCCGGGCAGCCAUCACCUUCAGCACCGAGUCGCUGUCCACGCCGUCCCCUCAGGUCUUCCUCCAGGCCACCCGCGAGGAGAGUCGCAUCCUGCUCCAGGACCUGUCCUCCUCCGCUCACCACUUGGCCAAUGCCACUCUAGAAACCGAGUGGUUCCACGGGCUUCGGCGAAAGUGGAGGCCCCACUUGCACCGCCGCGGCUCCAGUCAGGUGCCACGGGGCCUGGGUCAUAGCUGGCGGCGUAGGGAUGGACUCGGAGGAGACAGGAGCCACGUCAAGUGGUCUCCACCUUAUCUGGAGUGCGAGAACGGGAGUUACAAGCCGGGGUGGCUGGUCACUCUCUCCGCUGCCUUCUAUGGGCUUCAGCCUAACCUGGUCCCGGAAUUCAGGGGUGUGAUGAAAGUUGAUAUCAAUCUCCAGAAAGUGGACAUUGACCAGUGCUCGAGUGACGGCUGGUUUUCAGGGACUCACAAAUGCCAUCUUAACAACUCAGAGUGUAUGCCAAUCAAAGGCCUGGGAUUCGUGCUUGGGGCCUAUCAGUGCGUCUGCAAAGCAGGAUUCUAUCAUCCCCGUGUCUUCUCAGUGAACAACUUCCAGAGAAGGAUUCCAGAUCACCAUUUUUCAGGAAGCACAAAAGACGGGUCGGAAGAAGUGUAUGUCUGCCUGCCCUGCAGAGAAGGCUGCCCCUUCUGUGCUGACGACCGCCCGUGCUUUGUGCAGGAGGAUAAGUACCUGCGACUCGCUAUCAUCUCCUUCCAAGCCCUGUGUAUGCUGUUGGACUUCGUCAGCAUGCUGGUGGUCUACCACUUUCGCAAAGCAAAGAGCAUCAGAGCAUCCGGCCUCAUCCUGUUGGAAACAAUACUCUUUGGGUCUCUGCUCCUGUACUUUCCGGUGGUUAUUCUGUACUUUGAGCCAAGCACAUUCCGCUGUAUUCUCCUAAGGUGGGUCCGUCUUCUCGGGUUUGCCACUGUCUAUGGAACUGUGACUCUCAAGCUUCACAGGGUUUUGAAGGUGUUUCUCUCAAGAACCGCACAAAGAAUUCCAUACAUGACUGGCGGUAGAGUCAUGAGGAUGCUGGCGGUAAUGCUCUUGGUGGUGUUUUGGUUUCUGGUUGGCUGGACUUCUUCUAUGUGUCAGAACUUGGAGAGGGAUAUUUUGCUUGUUGGCCAGGGACAAACAUCUGAUCACCUCACCUUCAACAUGUGCCUCACGGACCGCUGGGAUUACAUGACAGCAGUUGCUGAAUUUCUAUUCCUCUUGUGGGGUGUUUAUCUCUGCUAUGCAGUGCGAACAGUUCCUUCAGCAUUUCACGAACCUCGCUACAUGGCUGUCGCUGUUCACAAUGAGCUCAUUAUCACUGCUAUAUUCCACACAAUUAGAUUCGUGCUGGCCUCGAGACUUCAGUCUGACUGGAUGCUGAUGCUCUAUUUUGCACACACUCACUUGACGGUGACAGUCACCAUUGGGCUGCUUUUGAUCCCAAAGUUUUCACAUUCAAGCAAUAAUCCCCGUGAUGACAUUGCUACAGAAGCAUAUGAAGAUGAGUUGGACAUGGGUCGUUCUGGAUCCUACCUGAACAGCAGUAUCAAUUCAGCCUGGAGUGAACACAGCCUAGAUCCAGAAGACAUACGGGAUGAGCUGAAAAAACUCUAUGCCCAGUUAGAAGUAUACAAGCGCAAGAAAAUGAUCACAAACAACCCCCACCUACAGAAAAAGCGGUGCUCCAAGAAGGGCUUAGGCCGGUCCAUCAUGAGGCGUAUCACCGAGAUCCCAGAGACAGUCAGCAGGCAGUGCUCCAAGGAGGACAAGGAGGGUACGGAUCAUAGUGCGGCCAAGGGAACAGGCCUUGUCCGGAAGAACCCCGCUGAGUCCUCAGGGAACACAGGGAAACCCAAGGAGGAGUCCCUGAAAAAUCGAGUCUUUUCUCUCAAGAAAUCCCAUAGCACGUAUGACCAUGUGAGAGACCAAACAGAAGAGUCCAGCAGCCUACCCAUGGAGAGCCAGGAGGAGGAAGCCACAGAAAAUUCGACCUUGGAGUCCCUGUCAAGUAAAAAACUGACACAAAAGCUCAAAGAAGACAGUGAGGCAGAGUCCACAGAGUCCGUGCCUUUGGUGUGCAAGUCAGCCAGCGCUCACAACCUCAGCUCCGAGAAGAAGCCUGGGCACCCGCGCACGUCCAUGUUACAGAAGUCGCUCAGCGUCAUUGCAAGUGCCAAGGAGAAGACGCUCGGGCUGGCUGGAAAAAACCAGACUUUAGCUAUGGAAGACCGAUCUAAGUCCCAGAAACCUCUGACAAAAGAUAGAGAGUCAAACAGGAAGUACUCAAAUCCGGAUAACACAGACACGAAAGAUUCCAGCCUCCCAAACUCCAAUCAUUUGGAGGAGCAAAGAAAGCCUCAGAAAUCCGGGAUUAUGAAACCGCAGAGGGUCAACCUCCCAACUGCCAAUUCUGACCUGAGCCCCAGUACCAACCAGAUAAAGGACAAUUUUGACAUUGGAGAAGUGUGCCCUUGGGAGGUUUAUGAUCUGACCCCUGGUCCUGUGCCUUCAGAACCAAAAGCUCAAAAACACGUAUCAAUUGCAGCUUCCGAACUGGAACAAAACCCAGUUUCUUCCUUGAAGGAGAAGGCCCACCUCAAGCUUAAGGCAGCUGACAGUCUUCACCAACUUAAUCACAAGAGCUUAGACAAGACAGAGGUGUGCCCCUGGGAGAGCCAAGGUCCGUCCCUUUUGGAAGACGAGAAUCAGCUGAUUUCUAAGACUCCAGUUCUACCCGGGAGAGCUAGGGAGGAGAAUGGUAGUGAGCUCUACACAGCUAGUGUGUGUGCUGGGCAAUAUGAAGAACUGCCCCCCAAAGCCGUGGCAUCGAAAGUAGAAAAGGAAAAGCUCAACCAAACGGGAGACCAGGAGAAACAGACAUCUGCCUCUGGGGGCACCAUUCCUGGCUCCUGUAACUCAAGGAAUCACUCGCAGCCACUUUUAACGUCGCGAGCAGAAGUGUGUCCUUGGGAAUUUGAGACCCUAGAUCAACCAAACGCUGAAAGAAGUGCAGCUUUACCGGCCUCCUCCGCUUUAAGUGCAAAUAAGACAGCAGGGCCUCGGAAAUAGGAGGUCUUGGGGGCACUUUCAGAGUGCUGCACCUUGGGAAGAAAAAGGGUUCAGCCCCAGUGUGAUAGAAAAUAUACCUGAAAAAUUAAAAACUACCAAGAAAUUCUUGUCAGCUUGGGGAAAUACGGCACACUGUGUGGCGAGGUAAAGUCGUGGGCUGGAGAAGGCUGGAAGCAGCUGUGUGUCACAAGGAGGAAGUCUGGCUCAGUCACGAAAAGUCAUUCCCAAAGCAACAGUGGGGAGAGCUUGGAUUUCAACCUGUCUCACGGACAUUGCCCAGUCAGUCUUUAUCCGUGGGAUCCUAAGCAAGUUUAACCAGGAGGCGUGGAUUUUAAGAUAGGGGAAGCUUAGAUCUGUGUGACUGGAAUUCUAAGUAGCCAAUCAAAACACCUACUUUACCUAUUUAACCUUGGUAGCACUGCUAACUUAAUGCACCCCAAUACCUUUUAUAUAAAUGAUUGCUCUCAUUUUCCUAAAAUGUGUGUUUCAGUACAUUGUUGUGUCUCAUAUUCAAGCAUUCCAGAUUGUGUAAUUUUUGCAAAUAACUUUGAUAUUAUGUGACACAACACAUUUAUGCAAUCCACAGCUACUCAAUUGUCAUUGCAAACUACUGAAUACCUGCUAUCUAUCAACCGUAGUUGAUUCUUGGAGUACGGUAAGCUUUCUCUGGCUUAGGAAGCCAUCACUGUUAUGAUGCAAACUUUUAGUUUGGACCGUGGUUUCUAUAGUGUGAAGUUGGAUUUGAAUCUAUUAUUUCCCAUCAUAGUUUGUUGUAAUGUCUUAAUUUUUAAAAUAUAAGUUGAGUUUCUUGUUUGCACUUCUGGUAGGGACUCUGAAGCUUUGUUACUCUUGGAGAUCAAGUGGUCCUGCUUCGUCACAUGUCUCAGUAAGUUAAGGACAACUUAUCCAUUGUUUGUUCCAAGUCAGAGCUAGCCCACCCCAUACAUCGUCCUUUUGAACUCUUUCAGUAUUUGGUAUUAGCCUUUCCUAAGGCAGAAGCCCAGUGAGGAAACUGUGCUGUGCAUUACUACCGAUGAAAGAGGGAAACUAGGAAUGCCGUGAGAAUGAGAGCAUACUGCAGGUCCAGGAAAUUGCCUUUCACAACAAAUACAGAAAGGUAGCUCCUAAUAGCACUUUCAAGGGAUUAUUUUUAUAAAGAGAAAAAUUAACGAUCGCAUCAAGAUCAUUAUAUGGAUAUAUUUUUAUUAUGCAUACUGAAUAUAUGAUAUUUUAAAUUACCUUAAACUGUUUAUUCUCAUAAACUUUUAUUCAUUGCUUCACCUAGGUGUAGAACUUGCUGGGCUCAAAUCCCAAAGAGAUUUUAUAACCUGACUUACUCAAAGCCCAUAAGGUAUUAUGGGCUCUUAAUUCUCUCCAGCACCAGAGCUUAGAAGUCUUGUAAACUACCAUUGCAAGCCACCUAGCUCAAAAUGCAAACAUAAGAUUUGUUUGGAACCCCCCGAAGCAUAUCUUCUAGAACAUCCUGCAUUCCAUACUUACCUCCUAGCAUGAGCAUCCUGAGUUGCUGACUUAUCUCUAAGGAUGUGAUCUUGAAAUGAGAUUCCAAAGUUCCAUCACAUUUGAUGUAAGGAUGAAUCACUUACAACUGCAUCCCAGGCUUGCAUUUCUUCCUUCAUAACACUGAACUACUGCUUAUUUGGCCAAGACAUUUCCAGCCAAAGGAACCAUUCUUUCAUUUGAUGAGCAACGAGGAGAAUUUGCCAGGAAAAUGGAAGAUGGGGAGAAGGAAUCAGAAGGUAGAUUACAAGGCUG